UGGCAAGCAUUUCAAAGCAAUCAUCAAGAUGGAGGAUUGCAAGACAGGGAACAUUCUUCGGCUGGCGGAAAAGUUCAAUCGGAUGAUAUAUGAGUGUGGUGAUUUACCGGUUGCCAUCGAUUUCCACUCGGACAUGCCACUGGUUUUGUGCGUCAUUCCCAGUCGUAAGAUGGUAUUAUAUGACUACGAAUCUGAGCUUCAGUCCGGGUCGGAUAGAGAAGGUAUUCUAUGCGCUAAAUUUGUAUCACAGAAGAACUGGAUUAUGAUGGUGUACGCGGACAGAAUUGAUGUAAUGGAAAUUCGUACUUCAAGAGUACAGCUGAUUCAUGUGAGGACACUGAGGAGUUCCAGCGUAACCAAUUUAAAAUUCUGUUUCGGUCAUAAUCAGCAGUCAGUGGCAGCACAUCCCACCUCACCUUAUAUUUUUUUCUGCUGUGCUGAUUCAGAAGAAGCAUAUGUCCUCAACUGGGGUAAGGAAUGGGAAGAGAAUACGUUAAGGGGUCAUUCCAAGGUUAUAGAUGGGCUGGCAGUUCGUCCAGGACAGCCGCCUCUGUUGGCGGCUUUCUCGCGUGAAGGUCCUAUCACUGUAUGGGAUGUUGAAAAAAGGACUGUCAUGAGAACCAUUCCACAUGAUGACGCUUGUGGGAUCUUGGCAGUUAAUUUUUGCUGCUGGCCUCUCAUGGUAUGGCUCGCCGUUGGGUGUACUGACGGUAGUGUCCGAGUGUGGAACUACAGGGAUGGAAUUACCGCGGCCAAAGUGGAGGGGCACAAAGGUCAGGUCUCCUCAGUUGUUUUCCAUCCACAUCUACCAUACCUUAUCAGCGGAGAUAGCGACGGUGAAAUCAAGGUCUGGAGGUUGUCAAUGAUAAAUUUGAGUAAGGUCACCCUCACACUAGUUUUCUCCUGUUCCUCUGCAAUCGGCAGUAUCGGCAGCAUCGCUGCACACAGGUAUUCAAACACGAUUGGCGUCGGAGGUAUUGCCAAGUAUUGCGGCUUUGAUGUGCUUGAGGGGCACACAUUGCAUGCAAUCAGCAAGAUUGAAGAGUUGGAGCGUCAAUCAGAUGCUUUCAAACUGGUCUCUAAGAAGAGACUUCAGAGGGUGACGUCCAAAGCAAAGUCACAAUGCAAGAGAGCACAUGGAAUUCAAGCCGCAAAACUAAAGCGGCUGGAGGCUGCGAGGGUGGCAAUGGCGGAACGACUUGACCAAUCCAAGCUGCAAACCGAGAAGCUGGAGGCUAAGGUCAUAGAGGGGAUGUCCAAGAGGGUGGCAGCUGUGGAGGACGGGUUAGAAAAAGCUUCGCGAAACUUUCGUGAAUUGGAACCCCUGCUACAGAAAGAGGUUCACACGCGAGAGGGUGAGGUUUCCAGAGUCAAGUCGGAAUACAAGACGUCGCACGAAAUUCAAGUAGCAAAAAUCUAUCAGGUGGAUGCUGAGAGGGCGAAGAAAAUGGCGGAGUCACUGGAGGAAUCCAAACAGGGGAUCGCAAAGCUGGAGACUGAAGUCAAAGAGGGGUUGACCAUGAGGAUGGCAGUCGUGGAGGACAGGUCGGGAAAAACUUCGCAAAGACUGCAUGAAUUGGAAUCAAUUCUACAGAAAGAAGUCAAGGCGCAGGAGGACUCUGAGAGAUAUGGAGCGGAGCUAGCGCAGCGUAUCGGAAAGCUCGAGGUCACGCUCUUGAAGAAAUUUGAGAAACUGGAGAGGCGACUCGAAGAAGUCACGGCUGCACAACAAAUGCUAUUGGGCUCUUCUCAAACGGUGUCCAGUGCGCAAUCGAAACAGACUUGCGUGUUUCAGGAGUACUCCCUGAAAGAGCUGCAAGAUGCGACAGAGGACUUUGACGACAAACGGAAGUGUGCCUGUGUGGACCCUUAUGGGUGCUCCUAUCUUGGGAAGCUCAAUGACUGCGAUGUUGUGGUAAAGCAGAUCAAGGUUGGCACAAUUAUGGUGAUAGAGGAGGAGGAGAAGGAGGAGGAGCAGGCCACAUUCAAGGAAAAGGUGGUGGAUAGGUUGAGGGCACUCCGGCACCCGCACUUGUUGAUGCUUCUAGGAGUCUGCUAUGAAGGGAACUGCCUUGUCUAUGAGCACAUGGCAAAUGGGAGUGUGGAGGAGAGGAUCUCCUGCAGACAGAUGCCCACAGGGGGAUUCCUUCCAUGGUAUGUUCGAUUGCGUGUCAUCGCACAGGUUGCCCGAGCCGUGUUCUUUCUCCAUUCUACUCCGUCGGCGACAGGUCGUUCCAUUAUCCACCGUGCAAUCAAGCCGUCAAACAUCUUUCUGGACGACAAGCUUGUCGCCAAGCUCGGCGCUGUCGACCAGGCUCUGAUCCACCAAGAAUUUGCUGAAGGAUCCCAAGCCGUAGGAAAGUCGAUGUCGGCUUUCCUAGAUAGCAAUUCUCGGUACAUGGCGCCAGAGUAUUGGCGAUCCAGGACUUUGGAUGAGAAGACCGAUGUUUAUGCGUUUGGCAUUACAGUCUUGGAGAUCCUUGUUGGGAAAACCUCGGAUGCUUAUGAAACAAUUGAGGCAGCAGUGGAAGAUGAUGUGUCCUUUCAGGAUGCUCUGGACCAUAACGCAGGGCAUUGGGACUUGGCCUUGGCGAAACGAGUGGCGCAUGUAGGACUGCAGUGUGCCAGCCACGCUAGGCGCCAUCGGCCAAACAUGGGAACAGGCGAUCAGAGCGUUCUUGCGGUUUUAGAGGAAGUUGCUGAUGAAGUACAGCUUGCUGAUGCAGUACUAGAGUCCAGUGCAAAGCUGAGGUAACUGCAGUCAGUCUGAUUAACUGUGGCAGUAGAAUCCACCAGAGGCCCCUGCAUAGUGUAAUUGACUGCAGCUGAGAUAAGUCUCCGGAGAAAAG